GUUCCUGCCAUCCCGAAGAAGAAACGUGUUUCCAGCACGCACAGCUAUCUUUGCCUUAAUUUACUCGGAAAGUGUAAAUAAUGAUCAGAAUCCUGCUGGUGGUCAGCCUGGUGGCAAUGGCGUCUUGUAACUGGGCAACUCGAAGAUCCAGCCACCGCGUUCCAUUCGAUGCCCAUCUGCGACUGCCAAAGAUGAACAUCUUUGACCAGUCGCCUUUAAAAAGAGAAGCAAAGAGAAGCGAGGCUGUGAGCGAGGAUGAGCGGGACGAAGUGUUGUGGACGAGCGAGUGCUCGCCGCGAGUGGCGGGUGUUCGGCGUGGUCAGGACGCUCGCCUUCAGUGUGAGAUGGUCGCCCCCACAGGCUCUGUCCUCACGUGGUACAAGGACGGCGUGCCACUACACCGAGAGGGUGCCCAGGUCGAGGUAGGUUCCACGCCCCAAGAGCUUCUGGAAGAGGCGACCAACAUGCUGGGUCUGGAGGAGGAGCUGUCCUCAACGGCGUCCACUUCCGCCUCCGUCCUGCAAAUCUCCUCCGUCGUCUAUUUGGACUGCGUCUCCGACCAACACCAGGCGACAUACAAGUUGGAGGUGAGGGCUCCACGGAGUCAGAAGUCCUACUCUCGUCUUUUUACUGUAGUUAUCGUAGGUGACGAAAGCGAGACACUGGAGGAAGGCCCCACGUGCCGCCUAGGCGCCCUCGUCAAUGCUCUGCCUCGCAUCUACCAACACUCUCCCGCGGCCAUGGGCCAUGUUGGGGACUCCGUGACAUUGCCUUGCCGCUCGCAGGGCCACAACGUCACUCGAGAGUGGUUCCUCAACGAUGAGAGGAUUUCUGGCGACGUCAGCUAUCAGAUCUCAGGGAUCGGCGACCUGAUUGUGCGACGGCUGAGUGCACAGGGUCGCACACGGUACACAUGCAGGGUGACCAGCAUGCGGUUCUCUGCCCUUAAUUUGCUAUAUUUCUUCUCCACUUCACUGCUGUAUCAACCCGUCCUUUGCAUUGCCUGCAGUGAUUCCCAGAUUUACAUCGUGGCAAGUCUACUGCAGUACAGUAUAUUGCUGAUGAGAUACAUCAAAUAA